CUGUGAGGUGGGUGGCUCCGACCAGUCAGAGCGCAGAGCCGGCACACACGUGGGAGACUGGUGUACGAAGGACGGACGAGACGUCGGACUGAGUCGCCGAGUGUGUGUUCUGAGGACAAGAGACCGUUGCAGAACAGGGUACCAGAGCGACCAUUCAAGAUGCCGAAAACUGAAAACUCGGCAUGACCUCUCAUCCAGGUGGUUCCGAGAUGUCACGACAGAAGAGCAGUAGAAGACCGGUGAUCAGCGGCAUCACCGUUGCAUUUGUAGCUUCACUGAUGGCACAGCUGGUGUGGACGGCCGAUGUGGACCGGGACCAGAUCCAGCGGCUCAAGGACCAGCUGGCUGUGGAGACCCGGCCGGCCGGCGAUCAGUUCGUCAGGUUCUUCGUACCUCCGCCAGCGCGGUCACUCAACGAGUUGGACGUCGAUCAGCUGAGCGCGGCCGACCUGAUUCGACCUCUGAACGCGCCCCAGAUACUCUCCCUCGACGUCAAGUGUGGAGCCGACAACAUGCAGAUUCAGCUCAAAUUCGACAGGCCCUUCAAUGGCAUCGUUUACUCAAAGGGCUACUUCUCGUCCAAGAGCUGCCACCACGUGACCGGUGGAGGCGGGAGGACGUCACGCUCCUUCGCCAUCGGCGCCGACUCGUGUGGCACGCGCUUUAGUCGACAUGAGGACGGCAGAGAGUACAUGGAGAACAGCAUCGUCAUCCAGAACGACGCCGGACUGCAAAAGGCGUUCGACUCUGCCCGCAAGAUCCGCUGCAUGCUGCGUCCGCACGGAGCGCGGCAGGUCAACGAGAAGGUGGUGUCGUACGCCUUCAACGUGGACACGCUGCACCAGAAGGAGGUCACCUUCGAGACUGAUGAGGACGUCAGCAAGGCCAACGCGGUGCUGGACAUUCAGAUCGGCCAGGGUCCGUACGCUCCUUCGGUGGACGGUCUGGUGAAGAUUGGAGACAUCCUCACUAUGGUCGUCGAGGCGGAGGGAGACAACGACGUCGACGUGCGCGUGCGACAGUGCAUCGCCAUGAACGGCGACAGGUCGUCCCACGUCAACCUGACUGACGACGUCGGCUGUACGAUGAAGCCGAACCUGCUGUCCCCCUGGUUGAAGACAAGGCAGGACAAGGCGGUGAUGGCCUACAGUUACUUUUCGGCGUUCAAGUUUCCGGAACAGAUGGAUGUCAUCAUUGAGUGUAAUCUGGACCUGUGCAAGGGAGAGUGCGGCGUUUGUGAGGAGGACGUCACUGCGGUCUCGGAGGCUCUGAGCCGGUCUCGUCGCUCGGUCAACGGCUCAUCCUCUGCCACCGAGCAGCGCACGGAGGCCCGCGAGCCGGUCCGCCUCGCCCGGCGACUGCGCGUCGUCGCUCCGCAAGACAUCGCCAUUACAGAGGCGACGCGCACGCUCCUGCCGCACGACACGGCGCUCGACGUGCGCUUCGACACGGUGUGUGUGUCGGUGCUGACGUUCGUCAUCAGCCUGGUGGUGAUUCUGCUGCUGCUGUUCGUGGCCUCAAUCACCACGGCGGUGUUGUGUGUGCGCGCGCGCGGGCAGAACACGGCGCUGGUCACGACGCUGCCCGAAUCGUCGUUCCAUGCGUUCUCGAGCAUCUCUGGCAAGCCGUGAGGGAAGGAGAGGGAGAAUAUAGAUUACCUAUUGGCGACUGAUGCGCAGUGGUAGAGCGGGAGGGGAGGGAAAUUGUCGUGGGGAGUGCUGGGGGAGGCGGGAAGCUGAGGAGCGAGGAAGAGAAGCAAAAAGUGAUGUUGUAGAGAUACGAGGAAAUGUAACGUUGAGUUGUCGGAGGGAAGUUAGGGCGAUCCUGUUCUUUCAGUAACGUUUGUGUGGGCGUGCGAAUGAGUGUGUACUGUGUAUGUGGUGUGUGGGGAAGAGGGUUAGGUAGCAGUGUUCGCAUACUAUUGAUUGUUACUGAGUGGUGUGCAAUUUAUUUUGUCUGGCUAUAUUUGCAGGUAGGGCUUGAUUAAUCAAUCAUGGGUUUAAAGUAAGAUGUAAGAGCACCACCAUCGUUUCUCAGUAGCCCGUUUCGUCCACCGACUUAAUGACGUCUCGGUAGAUGGGUACGAUACGGUUACUGGUUAUGUCACGAAGCGUAUGGCUAUUGGAUAUAAUCGACAAAUCAAGUGUUGCCUCACUCAUGGUGUCAAUGUGGUGCUGUCACUUUUUUGAUCGAUGAUCAUUUCAGGAGAACCGUUGUUUACCAGUCACCUGACACUUAGCGGUUUGAUAGCCCUAAACAGCUGAAUAAGCCAUCGAGGGCGACCGCCUGGCCUUUCGACAAUCACUGGCGUCAAACGCGCUCACUUGACGUGAUAAUUUGCCGUCAAAUGCCGUCAUUCGACGAGGUUAUUUGGCGUCAAAUGCGGUCAUCUGACUCGAUCAGUACGACUACGGUGUGACCUGAGACGGUGUGUUUUCCGGUGAUCUGUACACAGUAUCCGAUUCCGUCUCGGCAGUCGCGAAACAGUGGUCCGCCUGUUUCAGUCGAGUGUCCGUCUGUCCAUGUUGCGUGCUAUGUG